UGUUCCGCCAUUUUGCUAUUCCACCGACAUUAGUAACCGUUGAAAGCAGGUUGUUUUUACGGUAUUUUUCUGUUUCACUCCGUUUAAAAAUGCCUCCUAAAAAGAAAGAAGAAGAAAAACCUACGCCUCUGAUGGGCCGAUUUGGAACCUCAUUGAAAUGUGGAAUCGUGGGGCUUCCGAACGUUGGGAAAUCAACGUUUUUCAAUGUGCUAACGAAGAGUGCAGCAGCAGCAGAAAAUUUCCCCUUCUGUACAAUAGAUCCUAAUGAGAGUCGAGUGGCAGUUCCAGAUGUGAGAUGGGAUUUUCUAUGUGAUUACCACAAGCCAGCAAGCAAAGUCCCAGCUUUCCUUCACGUGACAGAUAUUGCAGGCUUGGUUCAGGGAGCACACGAAGGACAGGGUCUGGGAAAUGCAUUUUUAUCACACAUUUGGGCAUGUGAUGCCAUUUUUCAUAUGAUACGUGCAUUUGAAGGAGAAGAUGUAACUCACGUGGAGGGUGAUGUGAACCCUGUACGCGACUUGGAAAUUAUUUCUGAGGAAUUAAGAAAAAAGGAUGAGGAGUAUCUCAAAGAUAAAGUGAACAAUAUGGACAAAACAGUUGUCAGAGGAGGCGACAAGAAGAGACUAGGGGAAUUUGAAAGUUUGAAAAAAAUUUACCAUUGGGUGUCUGAAGAAAAAAAGCAUGUCAGAUUUGGAACUUGGGCUACCAAUGAGAUCGAAGUCCUAAACAAACAUCUACUACUCACAUCAAAACCUGUGAUAUAUCUUGUGAAUUUAUCUGAAAAAGACUACAUCAGGAAAAAGAACAAAUGGCUGGCAAAAAUAAAGGAGUGGGUGGACUCUAAUGAUAGCGGAGCUGUAAUAAUUCCCUUAAGCGGUGCUUUAGAAUACAAGCUUGUAGAGUUGGGUCCUGAGGAAGGCGAGAAGUACCUUAAAGAAGUCGGUACCCAAAGUGUUCUGGCUAAAAUUAUUACAACUGGAUUCAAGGCUCUUCAACUUCAGUAUUUCUUCACGGCUGGAAAGGACGAGGUCAAGGCGUGGACAAUUCUGAAAGGCACUAAAGCACCUCAAGCUGCCGGGAAAAUCCACACUGACUUCGAGAAAGGUUUCAUAAUGGCGGAGGUGAUGAAAUUCGACGAUUUUAAGGAACUCGGUUCAGAGUCGGCUGUCAAGGCUGCAGGUAAAUACAAACAGGAAGGAAAAAAUUACGUUGUUAAUGAUGGUGACAUCAUAUUCUUCAAAUUCAACGCUGGUGCUGGUUUGACGGAAAAGAAGAAAGCCAAAUGAUAGUUGUAUCGCACAUCUUAAAUCGUCAAUGAUUAUAGAAACAAAAUAGUUUGGUUUUAUCAAAUGAUUUGAUAAUGUAAAUUGGUCACCAUUAAGGGUCUGUGAAAAUGAUGUUUCGAAGGUUAUCCCUUCGACGCUCGAAACGCCAGCUUUAGAAACUAUUUUUGGUGGCAAAUUUAUGUUAUCAACUUGUUUAUAAACCAAUUUAUCUCGUUAUACCUACUUCUGACGCAGCACUUUCAGCAAAAAUAGAAACACGUUCUUACUCUUAGACGUAAGCUUAGACCUCUUAGUUUUUGAUGGGCGGAAAAUUCAAAGAUUUUGUGUGCCAAAGAAUUUUCUUUUAAAUAUUUCUGAUAAGAGAAUUUAUGGUUGGCUGCAGUUGUACAUCAAAAGUUGUAUCCAGCAAUCCGUGUAAAGUUCCGUUGAAACUUGGAUAUUUCAGAGUUCAAUAAGCUUUUAGGUAUUCGUCUUUUGUAGGGGGAUCUAGGUACGCACUGCAACUGCUAAGCUACCUUUGGAAAAAUAAGACUUGAAUGUAAAAGGAAACUUUAAGCAUUGAUUCUGAAUUUGAGCGUGAGUUCGUACAAAGCAUACCGAUCAAAAUAUGUUAGGCAAGGGUCGAAAAGAUACUAUUUUAUUAUGAACAGAUUCUUUUAUCUUAAAGGAUUAUCGUGUCCUUACUAGCCCAGCUAAGAGGAAAGGACUCUGCACUAAGUCUUGGUAUGAAUUCUAUAGCAUCGCAAGUUUGUCACUAAACCCUACGUGACCCUUCGUGACAAACCAGUAGGGGAUCUUCAGGAGAGUGCGUUACGAAUUAAGAAGGGGGUCGUUCGAGAGGAUUGCGUGACGAGUUAAAACAACGUCUAUGCUAACGACCUUGAUAUGUCUUGACAGUCGAACGCAUAUUAUCAGCAGAGUCUAGUGUCACUUGAAGCUCAAGUUUGUUUUUUAAGCUGCAAAUUCAAAUAAAUGAACAGAAAUUUAAAAGGCGAA